GGUGUUCCGGUAGUUGUGGCUCCGCCCUCCGCCACUAGAGGGCGGGAAAGGACAGAAGAGAUGCAGGUUGUGGAGGAGAGGCCGGAUUAAAACAGGGCUGGCCUUGACGGAGGAGGGCCAUCAUGACAGUUUCCACCGUUUCUUUGUACACGGAUCUAGUAGAGAUACGAGAGAGCACGCCGCUCUGACUCACACACACACACUCACACACACAAACCGCGGAGUCCUCGUGGUGUAGCCCGGCCGGUACAGAGCGAGCACACCGGACCACAGAGAGGAAGAAGAGAAGAGAGGCGGCGGAGCGGGAAGCUUUGUGUGGUGAGGAAGAAAAAAGAGGAAACACAGCUCAGCAUGUCGGCGUUAAAGAAGAGAAACUCCAACUCGUCGGCGGACCGGGAGGAAGACAAGACGGUGACAGAGAGGAUGCUGUCCUCGGGGCUCGGCGGGGAGAAGGGGGACUCCAACCACGGAGCCCCGGGGAGCAGCCCUACCAACGCCGUCCCAGCGGGAGGGGAUGAGGGGGUGACCCUGAAGAGGACCAUCACCCUGUUGAACGGCGUGGCCAUCAUCGUGGGCACCAUCAUCGGCUCGGGCAUCUUCGUCACCCCGACCGGCGUGGUGAAGGAGACCGGCUCCGUGGGGCUGGCCCUGGUGGUGUGGUCGGUGUGCGGGGUCUUCUCCACGGUGGGGGCGCUCUGCUACGCGGAGCUGGGGACCACCAUCAGCAAGUCCGGGGGGGACUAUGCCUACAUCCUGGAGGUGUACGGCUCCCUGCCGGCGUUCCUCAAACUGUGGAUCGAGCUGCUCAUCAUCCGCCCGUCCUCCCAGUACAUCGUCGCCUACGUCUUCGCCACCUACGUCCUCAAGCCCAUAUACCCGGUGUGCCCGGUGCCGGAGGAUGCGGCCAAGGUCGUGGCCUGCCUCUGCAUCCUCUUGCUGACCUUUGUGAACUGCUACAGUGUAAAGGCGGCCACUAGAGUGCAGGAUUUCUUCGCCGCAGCCAAGCUCCUGGCCCUCGGCAUGAUCAUCAUCAUCGGCUUCGUCAAGAUCGGCCAAGGUGGCGUAGACCGUCUUCUUCCAGAAAAUUCCUUUGAGGGGUCCAAAUAUGAGUUUGGCAGCAUCGGCCUGGCACUCUACAGCGGCCUGUUCGCUUACGGUGGCUGGAACUACUUGAAUUUUGUCACUGAGGAGAUGAUUGAGCCUUACAAAAAUCUUCCCCGUGCCAUCAUCAUCUCUCUGCCCAUAGUAACGGUAGUGUACGUUCUGACCAACCUGGCCUAUUUCACCACCCUCUCCCCUGAGGAGAUGAUCGGAUCAGAGGCCGUGGCUGUGGAUUUUGGCAACCACCACCUUGGUCCGAUGGCAUGGAUCAUCCCAGUGUUUGUUGGUCUGUCCUGCUUUGGAUCUGUCAACGGCUCUCUGUUUACAUCAUCCAGGUUAUUCUUCGUGGGUUCCCGGGAGGGUCACCUGCCCAGUCUCCUGUCAAUGAUCCACCCCAGCCUGCUGACCCCACUACCCUCACUUAUAUUCACUUGUUUGAUGACGCUGCUCUACGCCUUCUCUAAAGACAUCUUCUCCGUCAUAAACUUCUUCAGCUUCUUCAACUGGCUCUGCAUCGCCAUGGCGAUCGUUGGGAUGAUGUAUCUCCGUUAUAAGAAGCCAGAGCUAGAGCGACCGAUCAAGGUGAAUAUUCUGCUGCCGGUGAGUUUCGUGCUCGCCUGCCUCUUCCUCAUCAUCGUCUCCUUUUGGAAGACUCCAAAUGAGUGUGCGUAUGGUUUUGGCAUCAUCGCCACCGGUCUUCCUGUCUACUUCGUCGGCGUAUGGUGGAAGACCAAACCCAAGUGGUUGGUGAAUGGAAUCUUCUCGACCACAGCCUUUUGUCAGAAGGUGAUGGAGGUGGUGCCUCAGGAGAGCUAAAAACCCAUGCUCCUUACUUACAGCCAGUGGCCAAUCAGGUCACACCAACAGUGACCUCUGGGUUCUGACAUCACAUCUGAUGAAGCUUGACCUCUGAUGACCCAUAUGAUCCCACUCUUUUUCACUCGCUCUCUCUCUCUCACACACACACACACACAAACACACACACACACACACACACACACACACACACACACACACACACACACACACACACACACACACACACCCUGUCUGCAGGGUUCUGAUAAGGACCUAAAGAAAACAGAAACAUGCAGGCGUCUGAAGCUGCCGCGUCUUAAUGGUCUUCAACUAUUUUUCUUUUUGUUUCUCAGUUUGCUGACAUUUUGGGGUUAUUUUUGGGUAUGGACUUUUUUUAGUCGCUAACUAUCCUUCGUAGGUUGUUAUGCAUUGUUGUUGUUUUUUAUGAUGCAUUUCAAUGAAUUGUUUCCAAUUUCCUGCUGUUUUUUGUGUGUGAAUGUGUUCAUGUAAAAUAUCAUCCCUCAUCAGAAUCCUGUUAUUAUAAGUUGUGCCUUACUUGGCAAAUGAAGUUGUAACUGUGAGCUGUGACAGUAGUUGUUGUUGGUGUCUGAGGCUAUUCUCAGCCUUGAAACUGGCCUUCACAACUGUGAACAGAGCUCUCGCUGGUCUACAGUCUUUGCAACCAGGAGCUGUUUUUCAAUCCUGCAAGCAUCUAUUUUAAAUCUCCUGGAACCAACGUUUGCUUUCAAGCAGAAGUUUGAAUUAAACAAGAUGAGUUUUGUCAUAUAUUAAUGAAGCUUUGCAUUGGAAACCUUUGGUCCGGCAGUCAUUAGAAUUCUUUAGCACUUUAGUUAAAAGUCUUGUCUUUUCUGUCUGCUCAUUGGACGAUGGUGUGGUAUGUCUGUCACUAGGGUUGGGCCGGUGUAAAAAUGUUCAAACCUGUAUGAUAUGAAGCCAAACACUGGACCAGACCGGUAUACCGAAUUUUACUACCAGGUGUCGAACCUGACUCAACAGCCGUUUGAAUUGGAGUCCAAUUGUUAGCAGUAAUGUACCUCCAUGCUCUAAGACCAGCAAAACCAGAAAUCAACCCAACUCUAGUCACUAUACUGCCUGUGACCACUGACUGUGUGUCUGUUGAGUUUAAGCCCUGCUCUCUGCUGUUUUUGCCACCCAAUGUGUUUUUAAAGUCGUCUAUACUGCUGUAGGAAGUGAGUGAAGCUGACUGAGAUCAAGGUGUUUGAGGUGUUUCUGUCUGGCUAACUGAGUCCCUUACAGAAUGAAGAGUUGAUGGAAGCUUUUGUUUGUAGCCUACUUGGUUCACGUGUGUGCAGUAAACUGAUAUCACCUCAAAGGAUUUCUGGGUAUUAUAGUUUAAAUCAUCAUGUUGUCUCAUUGACAGGUGCAGUAUGGGAGGUUGUUCUACGGCUACCGCUGAAAAUUGAAAAUUCAAAGUGUGAGAUAUUUUCCUGCUGUUGAUUACUUUUUGGGUCAGUGAUCUUCUAUUUACUUCAGGGAGUAAUCUCUCAGUGUACUGAGCCUGGCUUGCAGAGCGCCUUUAAAACGUCAUCACACUGAGAGACUGUUUCAGACUGUAUACUGUUAUAAAGACAUGUCAGAUUGCACACAGUGUCAGAUUAGAGCAGAGGCUGGCACAUUCUGGUCAGUUGGUAGAUUGGUUGCUCAAUAUGCUCUCUCAGAUUGGUUGCCCAGUUGCUAGUGUUACUUUCAUAAGGCUGUGUGUCCACCAAUGCAUUUUUGCCCCAAGCAGAAAACACUAGGUCCUGUCCUGGAAACACCCUUCUGGGAGCGCGAGAGUGCUUUUGAGGGCCAAUGGUUUUUUUUGGUUGCAAAGAUAAAAAAAUGUAUGUUGAAGUAAAAAUGUCUGCACAACAUAGAGUACUUGCUCUGGGAGACGGGAAGGCUAAAGCAUGUAGAAGGGACGGACCUGCUGCCACUCUUUGUGACCAGCAGUCUUCAUUUUUCCUCCGUUGUUGUUGACAGUUGGUCUUUGUGGUAUUAUAUAUGAUGAUUUUGGGGAGCAUUGGUUUGACUUUACUUAUACUAUACAGUUGCAGAAGCCAUCCAGACAAUUUUUAAAUUCAAUUCUGAAGACUAGUUGAGACAUAAAACUAGGCGUCAUCUGCAUAACGAUUGUAUAGGCACAGCAUUGAAGUGACUUAUAUCAUGGCCAAGGGAUAACAGAUACAAAGUAAUUAUAAUUGGGCCAAGAACUGAGCCUUGUGGGACUCCACUCCAAGUUUACUCAAGUUAUCAUUAGUCUGCUCACCCUCCAUCGUGAUGAAACAGCAGGCUGACAGUCUCGCCGACCAGAAAUAAACACAUUAUACAUACAGUGCUCAGCACAGAAUAGACGACCAAUUGUUUGGUUGAAGAAAAAGGUAAAAUUCCAGUUCUUUGGUUGACUACAGCCCCACUUGUGUUGUGGGGCUUCUUGGACACAGACAGAUGAAGGUUUAACUUUCUGGACUAACAGGCACUUGUGACAUUUACUUUUAAAGGUUUCACUGUUCAACACUCGGAUCUAUUGUUAUGUUUUGUCACAUUUUGUUAUAUUUGUGUGUUUGGGCGUCCUUAAUGUGGGUGGAUGCAGUUGGGGGUGAAAGGUCAAAAAGAUGUAAGCAGACGGACAACCUUAAACUUCAUCAUAUGGAGAGAGAUGAUGGAGAGGAAGUGGAAAAGGGGAGAUAUUUUUUUUUUUAUGUUUUGUUUUAUUUUAUUUCUUUUCAAUGUUUUGGGGGUCGGGGUUGGUUGGGGGGUUAAAGUACAUAAGGCGCACAUUUUCAGAUUACAGUAGGAACUGCUUAUUUUAAUUUUUCAUCCUCAUUUUUUGUUUUUAUUUUUCCACUCAGUUACAAUAAAAUAUUAGUGGUGUAUUAUUAUUAACGUCGACCUUCCUGCUGGCAACGGACCAAAAGUACAGAAAAUGUUACCAUGGCAGCGCUGUUAACGUCAGGACAGUGUGGCGACAGUAAAGCCCGCAAAGUCGUUGCCAUAGAAACAGUGGAUGCAUCCAGGUGGAUGCGGGAAGUGUUAAUGUUUAUGUUUUAUAGGUAGAACCUUUCUAACACUCCAGCCAUCGCACAGAGCAGAUGGGGAAACUAACCCGAAUAGAACUGUAGAAAGUUUAUUUAUUUAUUUUUAGGAAACUUGUUGUUGUUUAUUGUUAUUAGUCCCUCUAAUUUGUUUACAGGGCAUUUUGUCGAAAGUGCUUUACAAAUAAAUCUUGAGUUUUUUCCACUCUUGUGUUCUGUUGUGUUUGGUUUUGCUACACUUUUUUCAUUUGUUUUUUUCUUAUUUUUAUAUUAUUUUUUCAAACAUGGCUAAACCUACCUACAAAUUGAUAUCAUAACGAAAUUGGCAGAAAACAAAAAAUAGUAUAUCUCUCUUCUUGGUUUGUUUCAGUUAAAGCUGCUCCAACCAAUAGUUCAAUAAAUCAAUGGAUUUAUGAUUCAACAGUGGCUGACUGUACAUGUCAAUGCUGUUUACAGCUGGUUGCACUACCCCCAAGUGGCCAGAAUAAACUCAUGCAGGUUUGAGGAACAUAAAGUAAUGAGGUGUUCGUCCUUGACUUUGACUAAAAAAUGUCACCUACAAUAAGUUUAAUUUAACCCAUAAGAACGUUCUAAAUGUUCUUGAAUCUCCCAUAUUCAGCUUUAUGCUUCACCCUAACUCAUUAAAUUCCAAAGCGACACAUACUCAACACCCUGGUUUGGUGGUCAUGUGACUGUGACAAGAAGUGACUUGAAAAAUGUGAAAAACAAAAUGUGGCUGCCACUGAAAACAGAAAUCAAAGAAAGUAUCUAAUUUUAAAAAGCAUUUUUUUUGUUACUUGGCUAAGUUAAAACCCAUUUAACAAUUCAAAUCCGUUAAAAAGGUGUCCUUUAUCACAUCAGGCUUUUAACCUAAAAAUCGUAAAGGAAAACUUGAUGUGACGUAUCUGUCACAAUAACAAAUAUGGAAAUAUGCCACUCAAUUACUUUCGCUGUUUAAACAAAUCUGGAAAGGAAUUUGUUGCACUAUUAAUAUCACAAAUUUGAUGUAAGUUUUUGAAGAAAAAAAGGCGUCAAGAAAUACCAUAAACAUAAAUACCAUAAACACCCAAUUUAACAUAUAUGUCACAUCACAGAUCUUUGACAUUUAGGGGUAGUAUUUAAAAAACACACAUCAGGGGGGCACGGUGGCGCAGUUAUAAUAUAAUGGGUUACAAAAUCGUGGGAUAAAAAUAAAAAAAAUGAAAUAAAAAACACACAUAAAUGUGUUCUAUGUGGUUCACUUGGUCUGUGGUAUAUUUCCCAUAAUUUUCCUUUAAGGAUAUCUGGGUUCUUAUGUUCUUAAAAAAGGAAGGAGAAUACAAUGACUACAGCAAAUAUUGCAGAUAUCACAAUGAGUUGCAGUUGACUUUUUUUCAGCUUCCGACUCCUUCAUGGAUUUAACCAAUUUAUCGUUGUAUAUUUAAUGGAAAGGCACAAUGAAGACAGAUGACGCCUAUGGGUACUGAACUUUUCCAUUGAGACAGUCUCAAGAAUUUAUAUUAAAAGCUGCACCACAGGAAUAGGGCGUUGAAACAAUUGGACUUGUGCCUUCUCUCUUUUCAGUCCAAUUUCCUUUAAGCUGUGCCAAAAACAACGCGCAGCACUAAAAUAUUAACUCGACCAACAUUGCCACUUGUUAGUCACCUUCUAACAAUCUGAAUCCUUCAACUCUGGACUUGUUCCAGACAGCCGUCAGCUUUUUGCUUUAAGCGAUGUUCUGUGUUCUAUGCUCAUAUGUCUUAUUUAGUCUUGCGGAGGAGUGUCAAACUCAUUUUCCACAUGGGAUAUAUAUUAAGGCCUUAUUAUAAGACCUUAUAUAUUAUAUAUAUAAGGUCUUAUUAGGACAGCACAAACCUCAGUGGACAAAUAGGCAGAGCAGUGCAUUGUAUUGAAGAAAUGAAAUUAAUAAUUACUCUGCAAUAUUUAUGCUUUGCUAAGUCACCCAGUGGGACAUUAUAGGCUGUUUGGUUGGAUGAUUUUGGCCCGAGGGCUGAAUGUUUGAAACCCCUGCUCUCGUGUUACAUGUACUUAGCUUUUACUAUGACAGUACUAUCGGAAUUCAGUGUUGGAGUACUUCAACGGGCAUAUUUAGCAUAUUUUCUGCAAAAAUGGCAACAGAAAGUACCUUACAUUACCUGUCUAGUUUACAAAUACUUUACACUUACAUUUAUUUUAUUUGUUUUUUAAAUGCGAGUUAAGUUGAGUUGAUAUAUAUUUAAAAAUUAAAAAACAUUUUUAUGUGUAAUUCAAUUUUUUUUUUAAAUCAAUGCCUGCAAAUUCUGAUACUUUGUUGCAAGGCUUCUUACCUUCACAAACAUAAUCAGUAAUUUUGUUUUCUUUGCAAUAUUGUACCUUGCAUUUUUUUCCCCUUUUUCCAGGUAUAUAUUCACAAAGUAAAAAACAAACCAUAAGGUAAACAGACAAACAUAUACACAAGGCAAACUGGUAUUUCCCAAAUGAGGAUCUCAAAGAAAAGAAAUAAAGAAACAAACAAAACAAAAAUACAAAAAUAAAUAAAUAAUAGAAAAUAAGGGGUGGUGCAUGUAUGCGUGUUCAUGUAUCUGUGUGUGUGUGUGUGUGUGUGUGUGUUAGUGUUGGGGUGGGGACCAUUUAGUUCACCUCCUUAAUUUGAUUAAAUAUUUCCACUGUUUUUAUCAGCCUUUCUUUACAGUAUAACUUAUUCCAAAUAUGUAUUUGUUCCCUAUUUCUGAAAGUUAGUCUUUCCAUCUCUAAACUUUGUUCUGCUGUUAAUAUCCAUGCUUUUAAUUUUGGUGUAUUUGAUUGUUUCCAUGCUUUAGUCACCUGCUUCAUGGCGGUUACUCUCAGUAUAUUAAAAAAUAAAUGUCCUUUGCUCUUAUCUUCCCUUUUAAAUAAAUACCUAACCAAUGUUGUACCUGCAAAGGCUCUUUCAACUCAAAAAUGCACUUUAGGAUUUCCUUAAGUCCUUCCCAGUAUGUUGUUAAUACUGGGCAUAUAAAAAGCAUAUGCAUAUAAUUGUGCCUGCAAAUUCAAAGCUUUAAUUUAUAUUUUUGCGCUUCCCAGAUUUUACAACAAAUUGACUUGAUACAUUACUAUGACCAUCAGUGUGUUGGGUGCCUAUUUAUUCCUGUAACUAUGUUGCCUUUGUACCUGUGUUAAACUGCCUCUCAUCUAACUCUGUGGCCUCUACAGCAGGAAGUGGGCAGGAGGUGGGUCUGACUUAUCUUGUUUGACUAUUUCAGUUCGGAGCAGCGAGAGAGGAAGCAGAAGGUUAGACUGUCAGAUUUCUCACUACUGUGUUUCAGUGCUUUUAGUCCUUGUUGGAACCUUGUUUGCCUUCACAUGCUCUUCUCACAAGCCUCUUCCUCCUCAGUCCUUCAGAAAGCACUGAUGCUCGGGUACUGCAGUAUCAAUCAAAGUCUCACAGGCACUCGGAAAUUCCUGCAUCCCAUUUCUGUUCCCACUUGUUGGUUACAACUGAAUGGAUGUGGAAUGUCAUUGUAACAGUGACAUUUUCCUGUAAGCUCCUGGCUCGCUAGUUCUUGCUGGGGAGAGAUUAUUGAAAACACUGCUAGUUUUGGAUCAUUAAGGGCUUUUGUGGUGACUGUUCUUGUAGUUGCAAUUAGAACAUGAAAUAUAAUUUGAAAUGUAAAAGUAGACUACACUGAGCCGGACCAAAACUGUGAUGAAAGUAUGAGAAGACGACAACAUUCAACCACUGUGCUGCUGCUGCUGCUGCUUUAUCUUUCUUUCCUCUUGAUGUUUGUAUGACUUUGUAUUUCUUGUUUAUAUUCUGAAAAAUAAAAAUAAAGACAGACCCAAAUAAAACUAAA